AUGAGCCUGAAGGGGCGGCCUGUUCAAGCUGCCAAAGCUGGUAAAGUGGAGCUUCAGGCUGAGUUCAAAAAGCACCAGGCCAUGCGAGGGGUUCCCGUCCUGGUGGCUUUGGCAGCUGUGGCAUCGUGCGUUUUGCAGGGAUGCUUGCCUCCGGACUGGUCUUUUUGCGACUGUGACUUUCGUGACAACUUCUGGAACAGCAUCCUCAAUGACGUGCACUUGCUGUGGGACGGGCCAGAUUUUGUUCGAAAAGCCAGAGACAACAGCACUUUCCAAGGGAGAUACCUUCAGUCGCCUCCCAGCGACCUAAACUGCCCGGUUUCUCCAACUGUGUUUUGGAAAGCAUGGCCACAAUACGGGAUCACACGCGGGCUCAUUGAAGGCUCAAUGGGUGAUCUGUGGAUGCCAGGAGCCAGAGACAGGUUCAAACAAGUUUGCAUUGCUGGGCAUCUGGCAUUGAUGGCAAUUUGUUCACAGCACUUCCUCGUGAAGUCUGCCCGAGCACAGGAUGCUGGUGAUCCAGAUCAUAUGAAGUGGUUAGAAGCAUCAUACGGUCACAUGGUCGCGAUUCGCAACUUGGGCCAGGCCUACCAAAUUCGACAAUGCAUGGGUCAACAAGGUUGGUCAUUGGAUGUGGGGGCAUUCCACAAGUAUACGACCAGGUGGAUCGGCAGAGAGUCGGAGGGAACAAGUCCUCAAGCUGCUUUCUUCAACGGGAAAGUGGAUCCCUGGCAAAUGCUCUUCACACAGCCGAUGCACCACACGAGUGAAAGCCGCGCGUCGGCCUUGCCGGAUCGGCGCGUGUGCGUCCCUUUCAAGGAUCCUGCUUGCUGGAAACGCAAGUCCUUGUUGCUCAUGGAGACCUGCGAGUAUUGCUGCAACCCAUUCGAGCACAAGACAGGGCGUGGAGCCAGCUGGUGUUGGGAUGAUGAGUGGACGUAUGAGAGAUGUUGCCAGCAGGACUACAAGGAUUUGGUAUGCGAAGUCAGGCGCAAGGGUGAGGAAGGUGGAUGCGUGGAUUGCAAAAAAUCUGUUACCUAUGUGUGCAUGACGCCGCCCGAGAAGCGCUUGCAAGAUGCUCAGAACAAUUACAAUGCCAAGGUCGAUCUCUUCAACAGCCUUCAGCAGAAGGCGACCACCCUCGCAUCUGACAUCGAGACCACGAAGAAAGAUUUGCUCAGCAAAGAUGAGUUGUACCGGCAACUUCUUGCGGACUUGAAUACCAAGCUACAAACAUGGCAUUUCGCUUUCAACAACGCCUCGCGACUUGUGUCUGUCGCGCGGCUUAAGCAGCAGGAAGAGUCAUGGAACAACUCCAAGAUGGCAUGGCAGCAGGCAGAAGAAACGUUGCGCUCUGCUCAGAGUGUGCUAGCCUCUGCGGAGGCUGUCGUCUCAGAUGCCAGGAAGCAAGAGCAACUUGGACGCCAACUACUGGCAAGCAAUGAGUCCGCCUACGAGAUGGCAAAAAGUCGUCAUGCUGCGAGCGAGAAAGCCCUGGCCGUCGCGAACGAGAAGCAGCAAGCGUCAGAGCGAGAAGCCGCUGAAGCAGAAGCAAAUCUGCAGUCAGCGACCACAGCAGCUGAUCAAGCUUUGGACAUUUCCCUCUCGGUGAAUAAGUCCCGGGAGGCCAUCUAUCACAACACCAGUCACAGCCUGGAAGAAGCAACUGCUCUGAGAGAUGCAGUCCGAGAGCAGGCGUGGACAAGCUUGCUGGUCGACAAUGCAGCCAAAGUUCUGUCGGAGUUGUCACGUGCACAAGCGGGUCGAGUUUGCCGACCAGAUCCAAGCGUGGUCGACCCGGAGUCUGCCAGAGCUCGGAUCCGCUCUGCCCAGCAGUCAGUCAAUGAGGCCCAGGCAUCAAGAACACGCAGCGCUGAUGAAUUUAAAGCGGCUGGCAAGGACGAGGAGCUUGUGCAACAGGCGAUGUCAAACUGUUCUCGUCGAGGUUCGAGCUGUGCUGUUGAAACAUCUACAUCCAUGGAGUGCCUGAUCGCAAGCACACCUGCCAACAAAUCAGCAAAGCCUGCCGUGCAAUCGCAAUGGCAGAAGGAGCUCUGCAGUGGUUGGACUUGUGAGGCGAUUGGAGGUUGCACGGACUGCAAACAAGCCAACGAACUGGAGCUGAAUACCUUGACGCAAAGGCUCCUGGAGAGCAAACGCCUUGCAAAUGAGGCCUUGGCACGCUCCCGAACUGAAAACAAGCUUGAUUUGGAUGAGGAUAUUUAUGUUCCGGCUGCUUUGCUGAGUGCCGUUGAAGAGUGCGCUAGACAGACGUCUCAGGCCAGAGACAGGCAGAUGCUAACUGCGAAGGCUUCAAGGGAGGCCCAAAUUUCCUUCGAAAAGGCAAAGGCACACCACGAAGCAUGUAAAGAAAGACACGCCGCUGCCCAGAAGAAGGUGGUGGAAAGACAGGCGCAGACGGAGGAGACGUCUGUCCAUCUGAUGUCUUCAAGAGAACACCUCCAGAGAAACGAAACAGCUCUCCAACAGAGAAUGCAGCACCUGGUCAGGGUGAAUCGAACGGCCGAAGAUGCUGGAGCUACAGUGGAAGCAGCCAUCAACCAGCAAGCAAAAAGCAAGAUGCUGUACACAGAUCUGGCACAGCUAGCUGAGCAGAAGAAGAAGGUGCAAGAGCAAGAGCUGCAGCGAAGAGCGCAAGCUAGUGAGCACGUCCAGGCGUUAAAUGAGACUCUUGCCGACAACCUGACAGUUCUCGUCUCAGCUUGGCUCCGGCAGCAAGAGCAAGCCAGCGAGGCAUCCCACUCCACACGGUGGAGUGAGCGACUUCUUGCGGCUGCUAAAGCCGUCCUGGUCAACAUGGUCGGAUCGUUUGAGAGUUUUCUGGAGAAUUACGUUAUCAGCAUCUCAGACAAGGACGCAGCAAUGCAGGUUAUGCGUGCAAUGGAGAACCUUAAGGCUGUCGAGCUCACUUGUCUCGAAGCCGAGAAGAACGCAGAGGACGCUGCGCAACAGGUCAGACAGGCCGAAGAAAGGGCGACAGAAGCGGAGGCUGCGAGGGCAGUUGCAGAAGAGAAAGCCCUCAAUGCGACCAGCAACCUCGCAGAUGCCCAGGAGGCGGUCAUGUCUGCGGAGACCUUCGUGGACCAGACAAGGAAGACGGUCGAGAGCUUCAAGCAACGUCUACAUGAUUUGCAGUCUUCAGUUGCUCAAGCACAGGCAGAGGUCACAGCUUCAGCAGCGGAGCUUGAUAGUGCGGCUGCUGCACUGGAGAAGCAGGCAGACCAUGUCAGGACCAGCUCACAAGAUGCCGAGGUAGCUGAUGCUGAGGUAGCCAAGGCUGUCGCAAGCGAGGCAACGGCUGCAGCAAACGUUGCAACCGCCAAGGCAGCGCUUCUUGGUAGCAGUCUGGCAACAGCGAAGCGUGAGUGUCAACCCACCGAGACGGAGUUUGAGGUCUUUUUGCACUUCCGAGAACAACUCAGUCUCGCCAAACAUGUGGUUGUGCAACGCCUGCAGCUUUGGCAGAUUUCUGAGGGCCUGCUUCAGGAGAAGCUGAUGGUCCUCCAAGAUGCGCAGGCUGUCCAUGAAGCUCUGCUCGAUGAUCUCUUAGACGCUGUUUCUGGAGAAGCGGAGCAUGUCCUUUCCAAUGCGGCUGCCGAUGCAGACUUGCUCAUGCUGCAGGCAGAAGUAAAUGCGUCGACGGCCAUAUUUGGUGAAUGCAACGAUAAUUUCAGUCGGGCUCAGGCAGAAGUGAGCGCGAUAUUGCACACGCGUCACGAGGCUGAUGCACUUUCGCAGAGCUCCGCAGCUGCUUACAUGGCUGCUUCUUCGAAAAGAAUAUCGGCCGAGGAGAACAUGGUCCGAAGGAGAAGAGAGCUGGAGGCUGCCAGGAAUGCAUCAGCGCAAGCAGCUGCAGACUUGACGAGGUCAGUGGAGGCAGAGGCAGAAGCCAAGAAGUCGGUGGAAAAGACGAAGGUGUGGCAAGCAAACUUCAAUGCAUCAUUAAAGAUUGCAAGGAAGGAAGAGGUCCGGGACGAGGCUCAGGAAGAAAAGCGCCAACGCCAGAGUGAAGAGGCCAAAGCCCGACAACGCGAAGCGCGGAUGCGAUCCUUGUUGGACACACACAAGAGGCACCUUGCGCUCUGUGACCUCCAGGUAGAGCUCCCACAGAAGGACCAAUCAAGAGCUGAGGCGAAGGCUGCCUUCGAUAAAGCCGAAAAAGCUCUGGCUGACACACAGGCAUCCUUGGAGAGCUACAUCAAAGAUGAAGCGGAGACCCAUUCAAAGAUUCAUCAAACUUACAAGGAACUGGGGGAGCUAAAGACGGAACAUGCCAAUGCAGAGAAGGAGUACGCUGAGCAGGAUCCGGAAGAUAGAAAGCGCAGCUUUACGACAUCUUUGCAGGGCUCAGGUGCUUAG